UUUACGAAAAUCAAAGCCAUUAAUGGUUUGCAAAACACAAUGUUUUCUGCAAUUAGUCUCACGUUUCACACGACGUGUGCCUUAAGUGUGACACCGAUUUCCCACUGAUCUCAGCCACCCAUCCGUGGAUCUAAUCGUCGGACUUCUUGAGAUAGAGAGACAAAGACAAUGAGAAACAAAGGCAAACGUAAGACAACGCCGGCGUCGGCGGCCAACCAAUUGGUGAAAAGUAUGGCUGAACUGAGUUUCAAAGAUAAUCGCCGAAGACUUUUGCUCGUCGAUGAACUGCUUAAGAAGUGCACUUAUUAUAACAACAACACCACUAAUUGCCAUCAACUCAUGGAUGAGCACAAAGACAUCGAUGGUCUGGUCGACGAGAUAAUGGCCAUCGAGAGAGAGAUAUCGGUUGAGUUGCCGAAGAGGUCGGCCGACGAUUGGCUGACAUUCAAGCGAUGGCUGAGCGAUGAUAACGGCGUCGACACCUCCAAAGUGGACGUCCAGUGGAUGGACGACAGACAGGGCUUCGGUCUGACGGCCAUCGCCGACAUCAAGGAGUCGGACGUAUUUCUAGUGAUACCCCGCAAAGUGAUGAUUACGUGCGAAACGGCGCUCAACUCUGACCGCAAUUUA